AUGAAACGCCUCGACGCUUCUCCGCCUCUGCGUGCUCGAUAUGGGCAUGCAGCUGCUUUCCACUCGCACAGCGUCUGGAUCCUGGGAGGAUUCCUGGCACAGACUUCGCCUACCAGCACAGAUUCCUCCUUCUCAUCCGACGUCUGGAGGGUCAACCUGCAGUCUUGCAGCAGCCCCAACGCUCUGUGCCUGCUGCCUGAGCAAGUCACUGUGAAAGCAUCAUGGAGCAGCAGGUACAACCAUGCAGCCGUCAGUCAUCGUGCCGCGCUCAUGGUGCUCGGAGGUCAAGCAGAGGGAGGAAGAAGCUUCAACGACGUGUGGCAAAGUUCCGAUGGAGACUUGUGGACACAAGUGACUGCCAGCGCUGCCUGGUCGAGGAGGCGAUCAGGACACGCUCUAGUCGCCUUCAAGGACCACCUGCUCGUCAUCGGAGGGCGCCUGGAGGACGCGAUGAUCUCUAGAGAGGUCUGGGUGUCAGCCGACGGGUCAAGCUGGAGCCAGUGGUCACCUCCAGCAGGCUUCGUCAAGAUCACUCAGUUCGGGGCCGCUGUAAACAACGGGACUCAGUUGCUCAUGUUCGGAGGAAGGAGCUUCAACGAGGUUGAGAACUCUUUCUGGGUAAUCGAGUAG